GGCGUGGAGUCCUCUCAGAAGCCAGCUCUCCUGGGCUCAUGAGCACCCUGGAUCGGGCCAUUUCACUGUUGUCACAAGAAUGAACAGGAUGCUCAGAGGCGUGUCACGGCAGACAACCAACCAGCUUCACACUGGCGUCUAAGUCCGUCCUCACAGCAGGGCUGGGACACAGGUGUUACUAGCCUCACUUUCGCGAAGCCGCUUGUCAAGGAUCCUACACUCAGUGCACUGCCAAGCAGGAGCUGAGAGUCUCGGCCCCUCCGCCCAAACCCAUCCGCCAGACUUUGGCCGGAAAGGAAUUUGGAGGACGCGUUUUCGAGCCUCCCGGUUCACGAGUGAAGCAGCAUGGACGCCGUCAGCCAGGUCCCGAUGGAAGCCAUGCUCCCCAAGCACAUCCUGGAUAUCUGGGUCAUUGUCCUCAUCAUCCUGGCCACCAUUGUCAUCAUGACCUCCCUGUUGCUGUGCCCGGCCACUGCGGUCAUUAUCUAUCGCAUGCGGACUCAUCCCGUCCUCAAUGGAGCCGUCUGAGAUCAGAUCUCCUAAGAGGGGCAAGGGAGUGAUGUGGACGGUGUCUCCUCCCCCAACCUCUUCCUUCUCGGAAAAGCAGCAGGAGGGGCUUUGGAGUGUGGACUCUGGAGCCUGCCAUGUGAGAGGAGAUUGGGGGUUCUUGUUUGGAUUUUGCCACCAGCCAGCUGUGUGAGUUCAGACAAGGGACCUAAUUGUGUGGAUUCCAGGUUCCUUCCCUUUUAAAUGCUUAUCAUGAUUCCUGCCCUUCCUACCUCAGAGGGUUGCAAGAACCAAUGACUUGGUGGAGGUUAAAGCUGUUGGUG